AUGGGAGAAAAGAUUUCGGAUUCCUAUCGAGCGCGUAUUGAUCGCUAUGUAGCUGAAUAUGAGACUUUAUCAUUUCGGAAUAAUUUCAAUGAGAAAUUUAUAGAAAUUAUUACGAAAAUUGAUAAUGAUAAUAACACUAAGAUCGAUGCUAUUGAUACAUAUGGUUCAUGUAAUGUCUGUCGUCAAUCAUAUCUAAAUAGACAUUUGCAUGAACGUGAGAAUUGUGAACUGUAUGAAAAUUUAUUCAGUAACACUAUGAAGCCAAUAACUCUUGAAGAAACGAUUGAUAUCGAUCUAUGGAAUUGGAAGGCGGUAGAGAAAACAUCAGUUUAUUUUCCUAUCUGGAACACUCAGAAAGAAUGGGGCGAAUCACUGAGUUUAAUUGAACAACUUAAAGAUCCAGUCCAAAUCAUUUGCAAACCAGAACGAUACUGGACAUUAUUUAUAGAUAAAUAUCAACAGGAUCAACUAGAACUAAUGAAAUUACCUAAACUUUUGUCACAGAUAGCAAUUAUUGAUUAUUUACCAGUAAUGGACGAACAACUAUUUCAUCAAUGUCUUGGUCGUUUACAAUUAUCAGAAGUUCAACCAUCUGAAUAUCGCUCAAAAAUGUAUUUAAUACAAGCAGUUAUAUUUAAACUUGAAAAUCAACUAGAAAAAUCUUUACAGAGUGCUCAUGAUGCAUUACUAUGCCAUCCAUAUGAUGCUGUAAUAGACGGUCUCGUUAUCUAUAUGGAUCAUUCAAAUUUUCAUUCAACAUUACGUCAAACAUUAAUCAAUGACAUUAAAAAACGAUCGCUCGAUCUAGUAGAUAUAACUCCGCCAAUCACAAUGAUGAACUUAACAUUUUUGAAUAGAACGGAAUAUUUGCGUAUGCUGAAGAAAUAUGAACGUGCGAUACUGAAGCGGUUAGCUGAGAAUGAUCCCAUUCAAGCAGCCUAUUCUUACAUGGAUUUAAGUAUGACUGUAACAGGAAGUGGAACACUUUUGAUGAAUAAUUUAAUAAUGACAUGUCUAUAUUUCUUUAAAUUCAUGAAUCAAACGAAAUGCACAUUAGCAGAACUUUAUGCUUAUCGUUCUAUUAUAUUUGAUAUAUCCAUCGAAAUAUUUCUUCUCACACGGCACUAUUUAUCAUUAUACUUUCAAAUGUAUGCUUAUAAAUUAUUAUACACAUUGAUUAUGUGUUCGACAAAUUUGUUUACUAAACGAUUAAUAUCAUCGGGUAGUUUAAAACCAACCAUUGUGAGUCAACCGAUUUUAAAUGAUUUUCAUGAAACGAUCCUUGAUGAAUUAUUGAAAAGCAUUCUACAACUCUCAAAGGUUACUCCAUUUACACAUGUACCAUCAACGGCUUUAUCUUAUGAUAUGGUUUACAUGGGGUGUGCUGGUAACGAAUUUCUAUCCAAAUACUUAAAAUCAUUGGCAGCAGAGAAUUCGAUGUAUCAAUAUUAUUUUUUCGAAGGCAUUUGGAAAGGUUGGGUCAGUGCUGAGGAUUUUGAUUAUGAACGCUAUUGUUGUAUGUACUUGUUGUUAAGAGAUUAUCAAUGGACAACAUAUGACGUCGCAGAUCUACUUCGUUGGCCUAUGAUACCAAAAACACAUGAUGGAUGGUACUUGAGUACCAAACAUGAAUUACAAUUAGAUCAGUCAGGAUAUGCAGAGGUUAUUGGUGUCACACUCAACAAUGAUACAGGUGAUAUUGAAUUUAUGUUUACAGAAGCCAAAAAAACUGAACAUAAACGAUUUGAUGCGACGGAUGUUAUGGAUGUGUUAACAAAUGGUAUUACCUAUGCUUGUUUUACAUUGGAUCCUCCGAAUGCUCAAUAUCAUUCGCAUCCGUUUAAUGAAAUGAGAUAUUUGCCAAAACGUUUGGUUAAAGUACCGAACUAUUUACUCACACUAUUACAUACUGAUUAUCUAUUAAAAAUGAUUUCGACUGGUGUCGAAAUCUGUUCACUAACUCCAUUUGAAAUGCGUUCGUCGGCGGAAAAUCUAAUGCAACGAUUGCCAGCACAUAUACGCGAAGAGUUACAGUCAAUAGCGAUGAAACAUAAGGGACCUCUGAUUGACAGUAUUCAUCGUUUUUGGAUACAGUUAGAGUCAGACAUUGAAUACGAACAAGUAUUUCACAAAAACUUUUUCGGUCGUAAGAAUGAAAAUAUCGUACAUUGUUAUUUAAGUGACAAAGUUAAGAUGUGUGUAAAAAAACAUCGAAUGAAAUAUGAUGAACACGGUAAUUUAAUUGACGAUCCAAGUGAUGACGAGAACGAUCAGUCGGCUGAAGCUGAGUUUGCACGUAUUUUUACAAAAUACUAUGAUGAGAUCGGACAAUACUUUCCUGAAUUGCUGCGUUUAAAAGAAUUAUUGAAAUUAAGUGUUUUAUCACGUAUCAUUCAAGCACGCUAUGAAAGUCAAUGUAAUUUUAUUGCACAAAUUGAAAAUGACACUACUCUUCGAGAUCUUCUCACCGAAAUUAAAAGAAAAAUUGGUAGAUAUCCGACUGGCCUCGAAAACAUCGGAAAUUUCAAAGAACCCUGUUUUUGA